AUUUUCUUCACCGACGUUUUUGCGGGAAAUGUUAAUUAUGAACUAGUUACUAAGUUAUUUUGUUAAUAAAAACGAAAAGAGAUGGAUGAAAUCAAGGAAGUGGAAGACGUUCCAGUUGAUCAUCCAUCUGCUAAAAAUAUAUGUGCUAUUGACAAAAGCUCUAUACAUCGCAUAUGUUCUGGUCAAGUGGUACUUACUCUUGCAACAGCAGUUAAGGAACUGCUGGAAAACAGCAUUGACGCUGGUGCUACCAUUGUUGAUAUCAAGCUAAAAGAUUAUGGAAGUGAGCUGGUAGAGGUGACAGACAAUGGUUCAGGUGUAGAAGAGAAGAACUUCGAAGGAUUAACCUUGAAGCAUUACACCUCGAAGCUACAGGAGUUUACAGACUUGGUCAAUGUGGAAACAUUCGGCUUCAGAGGGGAAGCCCUGAGCUCGCUUUGUGCAUUGAGCCACCUGAGUGUUACAACACGACACCUGUCAGCUGCAGUAGGAACAAAGCUAGAGUUUGACCACAAUGGAAAAAUAACAAGGCAAACUGCUCAGGCUAGACAGGUGGGCACAACAGUGAUGCUACAGAACUUGUUCUAUACGCUGCCUGUACGUCACAAGGAGUUCCAGAGAAAUCUAAAGAGGGAGUUUGUCAAGAUGGUGGCCGUCCUCAACUCGUAUUGCAUCAUCAGCACUGGCAUUCGCAUCACAUGCACUAAUCAGACUGCCAAAGGGAGCCGGUCUGUGGUGGUGGCAAGCAAGGGCAAUGUUGAAAUGCAGGACAACAUCUCCAACAUCUUUGGGCCUAAACAGAUGCAGAGCUUGCUGGGAUUUCAGCAGAAAGAACCAGGGGAGGACACAUGCCAAGAGUUUGGGCUCAAACAAAACCUUCUCAACACUUUCAGGAUUGCAGGUUUUGUGUCCAAGUGUGAGCAUGGGCAGGGCAGGAGCAGCACUGACAGACAGUUCUUCUUUAUCAAUGGACGACCCUUUGACUCAGCCAAGUUAAGCAAGGUCGUGAAUGAAGUUUAUCAUCAGUACAACAGACACCAGUACCCCUUUGUGGUCUUCAAAAUCACUGUGCAGAAAGACAAUGUAGAUGUAAAUGUGACACCUGACAAGAGACAGGUAUUCAUGGAAGGGGAGAAGCAAAUCUUGGCUACUGUGAAGGCAUCCCUGGUGGCCCUGUAUGAGCCGACCACUUCCAUGUUGCUUCUGCAGCAGCCAUUCAAGCCUCUCAAUGCCCUACGAGAUACAGAGGCGUCGCAGAGAGAUCUCGGAUUGACACGUCAUUCAAGUUUGGAGAAGACCCCGUCCUCCAGCCUCAGUUCCCUGUUGAAAUUGAAGCGAUCUUUCAGCAGUGCGUUUGCCAGAGACUCUGGGGCUGAUCAAUCAACACUGGGUAAUGAUCGGACAGCCUUGAAACAAAGAAGACUAGAUGGUUUCAUUUCUGUUAAUAAUGGGUCACAGUCUACCGAUGACCUUGACACUGGUGACCAUGAGACUGUAAACCUGACAUUUGAUCAGAACCAUUAUGGGACAGUGAUGGACGAAACAAAUAGAACUGAGAUCAUAGAUACUUCAGGACUUGAAGAUAACAUUGAGGAUACUUGUCAGACAGAUAUGCACACAUCUAUUGAAGAGAAUGAAGGACUAACUGGGUCUCAGAAUGGUUCUAAAAUACAUGUUAAAGAUGCCAACAAACCAAAAAUGUUAAUAGAUUUCCAUUCUUGUUCCACUGAUAAUAGAACCCAAACCAACUUUGAUCAUGACUCUGAGGUGAUGAACAAAUCUCAUUUAUCCCAAUCUUUUAAAAUCUCUCAGCAUUUGAGUGUGAAUAUUCAGCCUGAAAGUUGUGUUAAAAUAGGACCAUUUGGAGAUGGCAUAUUUCAAGAUAAAAGAACUGAAGAGUUAACAUAUUUUGGUUGCAAGGAGAGUGAUGUACCCUUGCUUUCCGUGGAGUGCAGGAGGGAAAAGAGUGAAGAAAUCUACUGUGGAAAUGAUGUGUCCAGCACUGAAAAGUUGGGUCAUUUCAAUUCACAUUCAAUAUGCACCAAUAAAGACCAAAAUGGUGGAAAUAAACCUCCUAUCGAGACUUCAAAUGCUAGUACGAGAGUGCACAGUGUGUGUGAUACAAAUGAAAGCUUGGAUGAGACUUCUCUUUCACAGUGUUCACUUGAACAGGAUGUUCACAGACAGACCAGUGUUGUGAGAACCUUUAGGAUGUCUACAAGUAUGGACAGUAAUGGUGUGUCAACAGAUGAUGAGGACACAAACAAGGAUGCUGUAACACUGAAGCAUGUUAUUGAUACUAAUGACAUUGACGCACAGGAAGAGGUGAACAAGAAGGAGAAGCUGAUCAGUUUUUCAAUGGAGGCCCUGAGAGGAAGAUGGAAACACAGAGCCCUCAGUGCUAGUUCAGGUACAGAGAGGUUUGCCCGUGCGUUCCGUGCCACCAUCAGUCCCACAGAAAACCAGGCUGCUGAGCAGGAGCUGCAGAGAGAAAUACAGAAGGACAUGUUUUCCCAGAUGGACAUCCUUGGUCAGUUCAACCUUGGUUUCAUUAUUGCGCGGCUAGAUCGGGAUCUCUUCAUUGUGGACCAGCAUGCAACUGACGAGAAAUACAACUUUGAGUCCCUGCAGAGGGAUUAUGUGAUACAGUGCCAGAAACUGAUAUGCCCCAUGAACCUUGAGCUUACAGCCAGCAAUGAGACGAUACUAAUGGACAAUCUUGAUAUCUUCCGCAUGAAUGGCUUUGAAUUCCACAUAGACCAAGACAGUCAGCCAACACAGCGAGUUAAACUUGUGUCCACUCCCGUCAGUAAGAACUGGAUGUUUGGGAAAGGGGACAUAGAAGAAAUGAUCUUCAUGCUUACGGAAUCACCGGGUGUGUCUUGUAGACCUUCCAGGGUGCGGGACAUGUUUGCCUCUCGAGCGUGCAGAAAGUCUGUGAUGAUUGGAACCUAUCUGAAUAAAACUGAGAUGAAAAAGCUGGUAAGCCAUAUGGGAGAUCUAGAUCAGCCAUGGAACUGCCCCCAUGGUCGGCCAACCAUGCGACACUUGAUGAAUCUGGAAAUGCUGCCAACUUGAGGCAUGGAUGUAUUGUAGCCUACAGCUGAGAAUUGGAGACUUGUCUGUGCUUUAAAAUACAGCUGACAGCUUGAGGCAUGUCUGUACUGUAACAUAAAGCUGAGAAUUAUAGAAAAGGCUGUGAUGUUGUACUGUGACAGAAGCAGGACUUGGAGUGAGUACGACCCACUCGUUCAAUGUCAUUGCCAACUGUUUGAGUGCCGGAAGGAGUUCCAUGUUUAUUGUUCAAAACAAAUUAAUUGUUUUGACAGUGGGCUUAGAGAGAGUGGUACUUUAUACCAAGUGCAUCAGAAUUGUCUCCUUUACAGCCAUCACCCCAAGAAGACUUGUGAAUUGGGGAAAGGUGGUAUUGUGUUACAGGGAAACCCUUGACUUGUGUUAUGCACAUUGAUGUGAUGUGUUGUGCAAAGGACAAAUAGUGGCCCCUGUGUUUGAUGCUUCCAAUUUUGAAACAGAUUAGACAGUGAUACAAUUUGGUGCCAAACAUUCACUGUAGAUAUAUAUAGUCAAUGUUUGAAAACUGGCAGCAUUCUAUGUGUUUCUUUAGGACUGAAACUGCAUGUUUGACUACAAAUACUAUGUUAAACAACAAAAUUAACAUUUUUUGGAAAAGUGUCCAUUACACGACUUUUUCAAUGCUUGGGAGUUUAUUUCAGACUUAGCAAAUAAAUUCUUUACAGGCAUUAUAAGGUUCUGAUAAGGGGUUGUGAACAAUUGUUCUCUAUUUGUUUUGAUAUGCCAUACAAACUUGCAAAUAUGUAAGUGAUUUACAAAAUUCACCAAAUAAGGUCAGAUACUUCUAUAAAUAUUGAAUAAAACUUACAAAAAUGAUAUUAUAACAGACUAAUUGCUUAAUGACAAUGUGGCAAGAGAAACUGUUUUUAAAUGAAUGCAUUUUAGUUUAGAAUAUCACUUUAAAAUAAGUAUUUGUUAUGGAACUGACAGAAUUAUUAUUCUUUUUAAUAAAAUUUAUUGGU